AUGUUACGAUUAAGUAUUCCACAAAGAGUAAAUGGAGCAGUUGAUGGUGAUGUGUAUAAACAAAUCAAUAAUAAGAAAGCUGUAUUACAAGAGCAACAAAGAGAUUCUAAGUUAUCAGAAACAAACAAAUUAGAAUCUGUAAAUAAGUUUCAAGUAAUGGUAAACACAAAAUCAGUAUCUAUUUUUGGUUCUGAGACAGUUGAGAAUUGUGGAAUACGAUGUAUUAAAGAUAAUGAAGAUUUAAAAAUUCCAACUGUAACAUACAUUCUUAGCGAAACCAUGUCUCCCAAAGUAAAAGCUGCUUUAGAGAGGUGGAAGAAAAAUAUAAUUGAUAUAUAUGAAUAAGAGUAUUUUAAGACAUACCGUAAAGGUGUCUAUUUUAGGUCUAUUAGGUCUAACAGUGAUAAAUUAUUUCAUUCUUAUAUAGAAAUGAUGUUUUUAAGUAAAGCAACUGAUAUUCCACCUUCUAUCAAACCAAUAUACUCUAGUAUAAAACCAAUAUUAAACGAUAUGCAAUUUUUUCUUAAAAUUGAGACAAAUCUGAUACAUCUGACAUUGAGAUACAAAAGCAUCAUAAACUGUAUUGCUUCCUAUAGGGGUAACAUAUAUUUAAUUGAUUGAAAAAAGUCAAGGGAACGGAAAACAUUGCUUGCAGUAAGUUAUGAUGCACCUAUACAAGUUGCUGCUUAUAUUGGAGCUAUUAAUGCUUUUAGUAAAUAUUCAUUUAAGAUAGAUAAAUGUUUGGUUAUCAUUGCUUAUACUAAUGGCGAACCUGCAAGUAUUUAUGAAUUGAAGGGUGAUGCUCUGCAAAUAACAUGGAGAGAAUGGUUGAAUAGGUUGGAACAGUUUCAUGCAAAUUAUAAGAAAGAUAAUUUAAAUACUUAAUUUAUAUUUGUAAAUUAAAAUAGGGUAUAUAUUA